AAAGCACAUGAACAGCUGUUCCCUAACGGCGGACAUUGUUUCGAUAGUCACGUAACUAUCGAUAGCGAAAUUAAUAGAACAUACACAAAUUCUGCCCACCACUAGACCAAUGGAUUUUUUGUAAACAUUAAAUAAUUAACUUAGACCUACUGAAUAUUAGUUUUUAAAUGGACUGCUGCGGCGGCGAAGUACGCAGCGAGAGCAUCUACAACAUGCUACAGGCCCUGGUGGACUCCAAAGUAAUCAACGUGCAGCUCCUGUCGAUUGCCGUGGGAAUUUUCUUCGUAGUGCUGCUACUGAAAAACAAUUUUCGCAGCUUUUCCGGCACGUAGGCGCACGACUUUUCAGCUGAUUGUUCCCGUUUUAGUGUUUAGUUUAUGUAAUAAUGUAAUUUCAACGUUUCAGCAGCACCCACUUUGUGACGUCACGCGCGCUAUUUAUGUGGUUUUGUGCUUUGUGUACUUAUACGUCUCAGGGUCAUCGGAUUCGGGUUGGAUACGCAUUAUAAUUGUAUUUGAAGGCCAUGGAAACGGGUUUGACAGCCAAAACUUCUAUUGGACGUGCUGAAAACCACCCUACAAGUAGAUAAUUUCAUCAUAAGUUACUGUGAUUCAUGCAUUUGUUUAUCAGAUAAGACUUCUUAGUCAAAUACUUGAAAUAAGCUCGGAA